AUGCAGCAGAAUAUUUUAUCAUAGAAAAAGAUUAAAUACGUCGAAAAUAUAAAAAAUCAUCAUUAUUAUGCCUGCAUACCUUAAAAAGGAAAUCCUAAUUGUUCAGAUAAAGAAAAAAUUAAUUUAUAAAAUGAGUCUUCUUUAUCUUAAAAAACUAUUUCAAAUAAUAGCUACAGUCAUUAAUCAAAUGGAACAUAUUAUAAGAAACAUUCAAUUAUUUUUAGAGAACUUAGAAGUAUUUCAAACUAGAGUCACAAUGAUUAAAUCGAUGACAUUCCAAAAGCCUUUAUAUUUAGAAUUAAAUCAAAAAAUCAUAUAUAGAAUGAACCACUUAUAAUUGAAAAUUAAGAAUAGAAAGACAAGGAUCGAAAAACAAAAGAUCUAGCUAAAGUAUUACGUGAUAUGAAAAAAAAGCGACAAGAAUAUACAUAAAAAGGGUAAUUUGUACCAAAGUCUCCUAUACCAUUAUUAAAGCAUUAGAAUAAUAAAAUCUAAGAAGAUCUCUCAACAGAAAAGAGUCAAAAUUAAGUUAAGAAGUUACCAAAAAUAUAUACAAAGCAAGCUCCAGUUAUAAUAGAAGUAUUAGAAUAGUAUGAACCACUAAGUAAAUCUAGUAGAUUAUAAGGAAAUGGAAUUGGAGAAGAUCCUUUUUAAGUUAAACUUACUCGUUAUUAUUAAUUUUUAUUCAAAUUCUAAUGUAAUCAUUUAUUCUAUGUGAAAUAAUCUUAAGUAAGAUCUCAAAGCUAUUAUAUUGAAGUAAUUGAUGAAAAUGAAAUUAUUAUUAAAGAAUUAAUGAGAAAAAGAUGGUGGUGGUGUGAAUAAAUUGAAAAAACAGAUGAUGUAUAGUUUUAUUGGUCAAAAAGAUCUAAUUCUUAAUUCUUAUAAAAAUAAAAGAUAAGAGUUUUAUUUGAUGAAAGUUAGAAUAAGGUUGUUGACCCAUUUAAUUUAGAUAAUUAUGAAGAAUAAAUAAAAUUUGCAAUAGAACAUAAACUAGCAUUAAUAUCACCUAGUGGAAGAUUGCAUAAUCAUAUAGAGAUUAAUUAAUUAAUAGGAUUUAAAAAGAACUUUAUAAAAUUUUUAGAAUAAUAUGCAUCAUUAUUAAAUUUAGAUUUAUUUUAAUAUUUUCCUUAUUCUAUUAAUAUAUCUAGUUAACAAGAUCCAAAAUUAAAUAUAUUUUUAACAUAACAGAAAAAUUAAAAUUCUUUAUGGAUAGUAAAACCUGGAGAAUGGGCAAAUAAUGGAUUAUUUAUGAAGAUUUGUCAAAAUGUUAAACAGGUUUAUGAUUUUAUAAUUUCUGAAUUUAAAAAUUAGGAUCAUAAUUUUGAAACUUUAGUAAUUUAAAAAUAUAUAAAACCAUUAUUGUAUUAUAAAAGGAAAUUUGAUUUAUAUACAUAUUUGUUGAUUAGUUAAAUAAAUGGAGUUGUAAGAGUUUACUUUUAUGAUGAAGUAUAUGGUAGAACAAGCAGUAAAGAAUAUAAUGAAUAAGACUUGGAUCCUCUAAUACAUUUUACAAAUAGUCCAAUUUAAAAAGAAUCAAAAGGAUUUUCACUUUAAGAGCCUGGAAAUAAAUUAUCUAUUGAUAAAUUAUAAGAGUUUUUCGUAUAAUUUAAAUUAAAUUUCAAAGAAACUAUGAUUCCUUAAUUAAAAGCAAUUGCAAUUCAUGCAAUAAAAGCAGUAUUUACUCAUUUAGUAGUAAAAGAUCAUAAUUUUGAAGUAUAUAUAAAAUUUAUAAAGAUUAUAGGUUUGAAUUAUAUUGUUGAUUAAGAUUUUAAACCUUGGUUAGUAGAAUUAAAUUUAAAUCCUAGUUUUAUUCCUGAUUGUUAAUAUCAUCAAAAAGUAAUUACCUAAAUGUUAGAUAAUGCAUUAUAUCUUACUAUAGAUUUAAUAUAUCCACCACCAUCAUUAUGGCCAUCAAACAAAAAAUAACUAAUAGAUAGAUUUAAUUUAUAAAAUAAAUUUUAACCUUUAAUAGAUUCAAGAUUUGAUUCAGAAAUGUUAAUAGAGUUAUUUGAAAAAAAGUGA